UCCACAGGCAUUUUUUGCGGGUAUUUUUUUUUUACCUGUGCUGGCCAUACAACUAAAUUCAGCAGCACACAGGGUCUGGAGCGCGUUAAAGGUUAAUGCUGACUGGAGUGAUUUAACAGCUGGACUGAAGAGCGAGUUUGAACUCUUCCAGGAGGGAUGAUUUUGAGUAUGCGUUGAUUACACACAGUAGGCUAUUGCUGCAGGCGCGUGUGCGUAUUUGUCUUCAUUCUGUGCCUGUCGCGCAGUACAGUACCUCCAAUGAUUUUUUUGAUUUUUUUUACAUUGCAGUAUAUCAAAGUGAGGGGAGAUUAGGAUACAACAGUGAAAGAAUGUGGGUUUCCUGAAAUGAAUGUGCCUCUCAAAGAGCUGUUUCAUUUUAUUUUACGGUGACUCGAUGAUGGAUUAAAGGAAUGUGUUUUAGUAUUUUGACUGUUAAGUUAAAAAAUAUUUCUGGAUGGAUUUGAACGAUAUUGGAAAAAAAUGAAUGGGGCUGCAAGCCAUCUGUCAACGUCCACGGAUAAUAGAGUUGUCAGGUUGCCGCUGCUGUGAAUUUCCCAGUGGAGUAUGCGCUAGCUUGCCCCGCAGUUCUAGCGUGUUGCUCGUCUUCUCAAGGGUAGUAGAAGUGCUCUGAGGAGGUUGGCUUGUGUUGGUCAAACUUUGGAAAACAGACACCUUAUUUCAGGGGAGGGUGGAGAAAAUAUGUUUAAUCUUUAGUUAACAUAAUGUGUGAUUAUACUUAUUAACGUAUACAUUCUUGAUUUUAAAUAUUUUUGUAUUGUUAUUAUUAAUCUAUUAAUUUAUGUUAUAUAAUUUUUCUUUUUAAUGUGCAAGCUGUUAGGAAUGUCACAUUCAGUUCUUAUCUGCAGACAUGACUAGAGUGAGUUUAUCCUGCUGUGCAAAUUAAGGGCAUCUAGAACUUAUUAUAAGUACUUUUUAAAACCCGGCAAGGAUGGUUGUACACGACAACCCGAGUCGAAUAUUUAACAGUUACCUUUCCUUGGGGGAAACAGAGGACCUUGGGCACUGGCUGGGAUUACCCCCAUCUUUGGUUGUGACUGAGGGGCCCUUCCCCGCUUCCCCCGAGCUCCCGACCCCGGAGCUGCAGUUUGCAAACGGGACCAACUCCACUGACUGCGGAGAGGAAAUCUUGUUGUACGGGGACGUUGAGAAAGUCAUUAUCGGGAUUGUCCUUUCCAUCAUCACCCUCACCACCAUCGGUGGGAACUCGCUCGUCAUCAUUUCGGUCUGCAUAGUUAAGAAGCUUAGGCAGCCUUCUAACUAUCUGGUUGUGUCGCUGGCCGCAGCGGAUCUAUCGGUCUCCCUGGCUGUCAUGCCCUUUGUUAUCAUCACAGACCUGGUGGGCGGGGAGUGGCUCUUCGGAAAGUUAUUCUGCAAUGUCUUCAUUGCCAUGGACGUCAUGUGCUGCACCGCUUCCAUCAUGACACUGUGCGUGAUCAGCGUGGACAGGUAUCUGGGGAUAACCAGGCCCUUGACAUACCCGGUACGGCAGAACGGGAAGCUGAUGGCAAAGAUGGUGUUCAUCGUGUGGCUGCUGUCUGCCUCCAUCACCCUGCCGCCCCUAUUUGGCUGGGCCACCAAUGUAACAGUGGAGCGUGUCUGCCUCAUCAGCCAGGACUUCGGCUACACUGUCUACUCCACAGCUGUUGCUUUCUACAUCCCCAUGACGGUCAUGCUCAUCAUGUACUACCGCAUCUACAAGGCAGCCAAGAUCAGCGUUAAGAAGCACAAGUUCACUUGCAUCCCACGGCAGUACAACCGCAAUGGUAUCUACAGCACAGACCAGGAGGUGCGGGCGGGUCAGCACCACCGUGUCUUGCGCCGGGAAAGGGUGCUGGAAGAGUGCGCCACCCUCUCCAAGCUGCUUCGGCCCAACCGCAGGAACAUCUCCAUCUUCAAGAGGGAGCAGAAAGCCGCCAGGACCCUGGGCAUCAUUGUGGGCGCCUUCACCUUCUGCUGGCUGCCCUUCUUCCUCCUCUCCACUGCCCGGCCCUUCAUCUGCGGCAUCGAGUGCAGCUGCAUGCCCCUGAGGCUAGAGCGGACCUUGCUGUGGCUGGGCUAUGCCAACUCCCUCAUCAACCCCCUUAUCUAUGCCUUCUUCAACCGGGAUCUGAGGACUACCUUCUGGUACCUGCUCAGCUGCAAAUACAGAAACAUAAACCGGAGGCUGUCUGCAGCCGGCAUGCACGAAGCGCUGAAAGCAAAAGAGAGACCUCAGUGCAUAUUGUAAAACAAUGAAAUAACUAACUUAACUAAAUAGUUAAAUAAAUAAAUGCUUGGAUUGGUGGGCUUCCAUGGCUCAGAGUUCUUGUUUUUGCAGUGCCACCUCAGGUGAAGAUGUGUUUGUAGCUCAAAGUUAUUCUGCAAUGUACACAUUAUGAAUAUUAUUUGAAUUUACUAUGAAUGUUACGUAGAUAUAUAUUUAGCACAUACAGUACAUAUGUCAAGGUAGAUUUGUACUAGUGUACCAUUCAUUCAAGUCAGUAUUUAAGUCAGCAUUUCUCUAUGUAGAAACGCAUGCAAAGUUAGUUUGAAAGUUCAGUCUUCAGAGAUAUUGAAACAGUAAAAAGCUUUUGACAGCUUUUGGGAACAUUAGUUGAUUUGCAUGGAAAUAAAUGUCUUGUGAGAUUUUUGUUUGCUAGUCACUACUAGUAAGGAUCAUGCUGUUGAAUGAAUUUCUGCCUUUCCUGGAGUCCUAAGUUAUUAAAAUGACAAAUGGAAAGUUUAAAAUACAA